AUCUCUGCUUUCACAACUUCUGUUGUAUAACGAAGGAUCUUGAAGGUCUGUAACAAUGUCUGGAAGAGGCAAAGGCGGUAAAGGACUCGGGAAAGGAGGCGCUAAGCGUCAUCGUAAGGUUCUGCGGGAUAACAUCCAGGGCAUCACCAAACCCGCCAUCCGUCGUCUCGCUCGCCGCGGUGGAGUCAAGCGUAUCUCCGGUCUGAUCUACGAGGAGACCCGCGGUGUGCUGAAGGUGUUCCUGGAGAACGUGAUCCGCGAUGCUGUGACCUACACCGAGCACGCCAAGAGAAAGACCGUCACCGCCAUGGACGUCGUGUACGCGCUGAAACGACAGGGACGCACUCUGUACGGCUUCGGAGGAUAAUCACAUUACUGUUCUCAACAAAACCCCAAAGGCUCUUUUAAGAGCCACCCACUU